AUAAGCACAAGGUACCCGGGCACGCAGUGGUCGAGGCAGCACGACCUGUUGCUCCGGCAGUUUGAUGGAGUGAGAGAGCGAGGAGGGCCCGAUUUCGCGGUGUGUUUUGUUAGCGGCUGUUCAUGCAUCUUUUCCAUUGACAAGGUGGGUUGGAAGCUCUCCCCGCCCCGCCCGCACGCCGGCGCAAUGAACGGUUUUGCGGACCAUGGCCUCGACGAGGAUGCGUUCGGGGAGAACAGCGGCAUUGCGGCCGGUUUGAGGACGUUCGAUGCUUUUCCAAAGACCAAGCCUACAUAUACCACGGCUAGUCGUCGCGGAGGCCAAUGGACCGUUUUUAUCUUUCUCUUUUGUGGUAUGCUUGUGUUAUCGGAGCUCAUCUCCUGGCAUGGAGGAACGGAGAACCAUCACUUUAGUGUGGAGAAGGGUGUUUCGGAGGAAAUACAGCUUAAUCUCGAUCUUGUCGUUCGGAUGCCGUGCGAUUCACUGCGUGUGAAUAUGCAGGAUGCAGCUGGAGAUUUUAUCCUUGCAGCGGAGCUACUUCACAAAACUCCGACCAGCUGGGACGCUUGGAAUCGCGAAAUGAAUUUUGCUGGAAAGGGCGGGUCUCGGCAAUAUCAGACAUUGAGCGCGGAGGAUGAUGUGAGAUUGGCUGAGCAGGAGGAGGAUCAGCAUGUAGGCCAUGUGCUGGGUGAAGUUAGACGGAGCUGGAAGCGACAGUUCCCUCCUGGACCGAAAUUGAAACGUAAAGAUGUGGUCGAUUCAUGCCGGAUUUAUGGUAGUUUGGAAGGAAACAAGGUGCAGGGAAACUUUCAUAUUACCGCAAAGGGACUGGGGUAUUAUGAUCCGACCGGCAUGGUGAAUGUAAAUGAUAUGAACUUCACACAUCUGAUUACUGAACUGUCCUUCGGCCCUCAUUAUCCAACGUUAUUGAACCCACUGGAUAAAACAGUUGCGGCUACAAAAGACAAGUUCUAUAAGUAUCAAUACUAUCUCUCUGUCGUCCCCACAAUCUACACCCGCGCCGGAACUGUUGAUCCGUACAGCCAACGGCUUCCUGACCCUUCCACCAUCACUGUCAGCCAGCGCAAGAAUACCAUCUUCACCAACCAAUAUGCAGUCACCUCCCAGUCUCGUACGAUAUCACAAGGCCCAUACUCUGUUCCAGGAAUCUUCUUUAAAUUCGAUAUAGAGCCUAUCUUGCUGGUUGUGAGUGAGGAACGAGGGAGUUUGCUCGCUCUGCUGGUCAGGCUGGUUAAUGUUGUUUCGGGGGUGUUGGUUGCAGGAGGCUGGGUGUUCAACUUUGCAUUAUGGGCUGUUGAAUUAUGGGGAAGAAAGAGAAGGGGCGCAAAUCUAGGCGUGUUGGGGAAUCAUGAGGCCGAAGAGUAGUUUGAAAUUUGAAACAUUCUCGGGAGUGUAUGGAGUUUUCCCUUUUUUCUUGGACGGAAAAGGAGGACGUCUGAGCUUACUGUUGUGUUAUAACUGCGUAUGUGCAACAUGCUGUUUGCCUUUUGGGGACUUUAUUAGGUGGUUUGUAUCUUUAAACAUAUGGCAAUAUGUGUUGAUUAGAAUGGAUCACUGUCCCCCUGUUUCAAUGUUCAAUGAGCAAUUUUGUGAUGACCAGUU